AUGGGGCCGAGUAUGGCUGUAGAGCUUGUUGUUCAUAAUAAUAUUUUAAAAGAAACUCAGGUAAUGGUUGGUACAUUAGUUGGUGAUGAUGAUUCAUCAACAAUUUCAGCUGUUCGAAGAGCAUCAUCAAUACCCAUAGAAAAAUGUUCUGAUAUGAAUCACGCGACUAAAUUCCUUUCAAAUGCUUUGUAUUCGAUGAAAUUACCAUCGAAUAUAAUUAAAUAUUUUAAGCGUUGUUUCAGUUAUGCUCAUAAUUCCUCCCGCCAUGGUGAUCAUGACAGUUGCGGUAAGUGGUGUCGAUACCACGAAGAAAAAGAAAAUUUUCGUCAUCAUGGUUUACCUAAUGGUGAACCAUUGGAUAAUUUAAUAAUGAAAGAAAAAUUAACUAAAGUUUUUAAUCGAUAUGCUAGUAAUGCUAUUAAAUUAGCACCUUGCGCGUCAACUCAGAAAAAUGAAGCUUUUAAUAGUGUGGUUACUUCAAAACACCCAAAAAGUAGGUUUUAUGGAGCAUCAGAGAGUUUUAUUACAUGUGUUCAUAGUGCUGUAUGUCAGAUGAAUAGGGGCACUAGCUAUGUUGUGAAAUUAAAUGAAAAAUUAUCUUUAUCUCCUGGUAAGAAUACGAUUAAAUUUCGUGCUGAAAAAGAUAAAGAACGUUUGAAACACAAAAAGGUAUCUGAAACUCCGAAAUUUAAAAAUCGACGAUUGUUUAGAAAGAAAGAACGUUCUCAAUAA